AUGGCUGUGAAAGAUGGCGUCUCUUACUAUCCGACAAGCGACUUGAUCUCCAAGAGGCCACGGAAACACUACCGCAUCCCGGUCCAUUCUCAACACUGGCAACUACGAUCGCUCAUCAGCGCCGAGAAACAAAACCUUGUCUACUUCCCCGGGGGCGCCGGGGCCGCUGGCAGCUAUCAUGUUCAGCGGCUGAACACGACGACCAAGGAGUGCGAGACCGUCAAGUUCCUCUCCUUUUCGCCACGGUGUCUAGUCGCCGAGAACGGCUGGGUGUGCUGCGGAGGAGAAACGGGCGAGUUCACGGCGAUACAGAUGGACAGCGCUGGCGAUGACGAUAACAACCUUGAUUUGCAACUCAACUUGGAACCCAGCGCCGGGUUACCCAUCGGGGUCGACUCCGAGUCCCCUCGACCGCAAGAUAGCAUCUUUGGGCUUCUAAGCCAUUCACGGCGGAUGAAUAUGGGCACCCGGCUGGAUAAGAGCGUCAUUGCCAAGAGCCAGAAGCUCGCGCGCGACCGUGUCAACUGCAUAACGAUGUGGUUCCCCCCAGCGGCCGGCCCAAUGCAUCACGGAGCGUACACAGAGCCCGCCGCCGUCCUGGCAAACAACGACAAGACGGUGGUUUUGGUCGGCUUGCGCGACUUUGAUAAUCAGGACAAGGUCGAGCCUCUGGAUAUAGUGACGUAUCCGGACUAUGUUAACCGAGCCAUAAUCUCCCCGGAUGGUCGCCUAUUGUGCGCAAUCCUCGAUGACCCUUAUUUGUACAUUCACCAUCGCACCGAGGCACCAAUCGACGAGAAUGGGCCAUUCCGCAACGACGACAAGGUCGAGUACCGCUGGGAACUGUGUGGCAAGAUCCUGCUCAAGAGCCAGCGUCGAGACGACGGAUCCGACAGCAGAGGAAGUUUCGCGGCGUGCUUUUCCAAUACGGGGGCGUAUCUGGCUGUCGGAACACAAUACGGCACCAUUUCAGUAUUUGACGUUGCGAGCCUCACUGAUCCGGAUGUCGCCGAUCCGCUGCUAACGUCCUUUACAUCGUCACGGCCGAUGGCCGGGUCGGGCGCAGUUCGCGACAUGGCUUUUUGUCCUGGACCGUAUGACCUCCUGGCUUGGACCGAAGAUCGCGGCCACGUUGGUAUUGCGGAUCUAAGGAGUGGGUUUGUGCAGCGUCAAAUUUUGGACAUUAGCGCCACAGACGACUACGACCAAAUCCCCGUCCUUGAUCGUGCCACGAUUGACCCGCGGCUGCUAGAGGGUCGUGGCGAACCGCACGAUACCCUCUCGUCUAUCCUGCCAGAGGCUAGCGAGAGCCGGCGGCGGCGACUCGACGGCCCAGGGCGUCAACAUCUAGCACUGACACCCGACGAGACGAGGGUGCUUGAAGCUCUGCAGGAGGAGCGCCGAAGGCGAGAGCAGAGGGACCGAAUCGCGGCACGAAUGGCAGAGCAGACGUCCCAGCAACCGCCGAUGCAGUUCUUCGGGGGGUUACCUCCCAUAGGCGGGAGAGGUGCUCGUAUUGACCCCGAAGCAGUGGCGCGCGCACGAUUGUUUGCGCAACGAGACCCAGCGCAGAGGGCGCAGAGAGGAGAGAGACCAGUAGCACGUGCGAGCCGCGACCAUACACCUGGCGAGGCAGGCGAGGCCAGUAAUGACGCGAACCAGAACGUGUCUAGGGCGAUCGGAGACCUCCUUGGAAAUAUCCGUGACUCGAGAGAGCGAGCUCAGGAGCGCAUACGUACCGCUCAGCGUCUCAUACUGCAGUCCAACUCGGGCCGGGACAGUAUGCUGGACUUACAGUCCAGCUCUGAUCGAGACCUGGGCCUGGCGACUCCCCACCCACCACGACGUUCAGCGAGCAUACGGCCGAGUGAAACUUUGGCGGCGGCACAGCGCGGAUCAAGCGGCCUGCGCAGCCUGACGCCGUCGGGUAGCGGCUGGGCAGACCUGGAAGCGCUCUACACCAUGUCGUUUGAGAGCAACAUCCAGGAUCUCCGGCAAGCCGUCCGGGACCGCGACAGGGAAAUACUGCCGCUGCUCAACAGCGUCGCCAUGCGUGAGGUGGAGGAACGGCACAACAACAACCGCCGACGGCUAAUGGCCGAGCACGGCGUCCACGAAGCACCUCCCGAACCCGACAAUACUGCCGGGAUCUCGUGGAGCGAGGAUGGCAGAAUCUUGUACGUUGGUGCGGAAAAUGGCAUCUAUGAAUUCCACGUCGAUGUACAGGGCCGCAAGUUCCACCCCAGCUUGACGUUGCGGUAA